GUGAAAUAGCAGAAGGUGUUUGAGAAGAUGAAGCCUCUGGAGCUUUCCUCACAGUUUGGGAACAGCAGCAAUGACUCUGGGUCUUGGGGGGGGACCCAGCACGUGUCUAUCACUGUGCUCCUGUGCCUCGUCUUCUUCCUGGGCUUCCUCCUCAACACCUUCAGCCUCUGGGUGUUCUGCUGCCGCCUGCCCUGCUGGACCUCUGGAACCACACUGCAGUUCCACCUGGCCCUCAGCGACGCCAUCGCCACCCCCGUCACCCCCAUGAUGGCGGUGUACUUUGCCAUGGGGAGCCACUGGCCUUUUGGUCGCUUCCUGUGCCAAGUCAAGAUCGCCCUGCUGAGUUCCCAUUUCUACGGCAGCACCAUAUUCCUCACUCUGAUCAGCAUCCACCGCUAUGCGGCCGUGGUGCACUUCAACAGAGGCUCCUGUAUGAAACGGAAGGGGUUUGUGCGGAGGCUGUGUGCAGGGGUUUGGUCUCUGCUGCUCCUCCAGUCUCUCAUCUUCGCUUUGAUGCUUCCUCAAAGUAAAGAGGGCAGGUCCACCCAAUGCCUCACCAUCCAUCAGAGAAGCCUAUCAGACGCCUACUUUGUCAUUAACUUCGUCCUGUUCAUCUUUGGGUUUCUAUUCCCUCUCCUGGUGUCUGCUGUGUGCUACAGCCGUCUGGCCAACUCUCUGACCCGCCUGAACAUCAGCACACCCAAAGGUCUGAAUGUGAAGGUGAAAUCUCAGAGGAUGAUCGCUAUGUGUCUGCUCAUAUUUGGGCUGUGCUUCCUGCCUCUGAACGUGGUACGGACCGUGGGAGUGGUCCUAAAGAAAUACUACCCAGAACAAUGCAAAGUUCUUCUGCAGAUGGAGACGGCGUAUUAUGCUUCGUGGAUUUUAGCAGGAGUGAACAGCUGCCUGGAUCCACUGUUGUACUGUUUUGGGUCGCAAAAAGUUCGGGAGGCAUUCCAGUCUUUCAGGAUUGGUCGGGGAGAGGUGACGGCCAGAAACGAUUCAGAAAUCACUGUAAAUCAGUAACAUGGAGUCACUCAUCAUAGCUGAGUCUGAUCCCUAUUGGAGGCCCAGAAUCCAUAGGGAAGGACCAUAGGACAGUGAAGUCCCUUAAUACUAUUCAAACUGGCCUGGGGAGGAAGAUGACCUCCAUCAUGCACCGUACCUGUCUUCUUUUCAUUUACACACUUUUGCUUGAUUUUAUCCGAACAUCUUAGGGCACAAUAUAACCUUCUUUAUUAGUGCUUUGAUUCCCUGACUUCCAGAUUUGGCCUUAGUGUAUUCCUCUACAUUCCCUGGGGCUAGAACCAGGGCGGGUUGGCACCAAUUUCCAUUUAUAGUGUGAGUGGGGAACAUCCAGUAAGAGCUCAAUGUGUUUCAACACGGAAAAUCCUUCACCACUUGACUUAGCUUCUUAUACAUUUUUAUUGUGCUAAAUAUACAUAUAAAUAUAACCUUUUUUCCUUUAUAGUGUAAAUGUGGGGUUUUAAUUGGCCUCAGGCUGUGACUGUGGUUCUGUGCAUUGGGUGGUUUCUUUUUCUGGGUAAUGUACACGGCUGAGGCUAAUUGCUUUUGCUUGAACAUAGCUGCUGAUUGAUAUAUAUUGUGAUUUUAAGGUUGUCUAUUAUCAUCUGACCGGGGACAACAGCUGGAAAUUAGCCAUGUCGGCUAAAGCUGCUCCAUUCACUGUUUUUGUGACAGUUCA